AACAAAUUUAAUUUACUUGUUAAAUACAACUGCAGUAUUUUCAUCAAAUAUACGGUCAAAUUUUUAGAUCAAUCAAUUUGCAAAACAUGAUUUAUUUGAGAUUUCAAACAAUUCUGUCUAUUGGACUAAUAGUAUCCACAUCAGCAGAAAUUAAUCUUGAUCAAGUUAUCAAUUAUUUAUCAUCGAAAAAUUUACCAAAAGCACAAGUUGCAUUUCAUAAUUGCAUUGCCAAGUUAAACGUAAAAGGUCUUGAACAAACGAAUUAUGAAGAAAUCAAUACAUUUUUAUGUAAAUUAAGAGAUAAUAUAAUUUCUCGUGAAAUGGAUCCAAAUGAAAUGAGUCAAAAAUUGGUUGAAUAUUUAAAAUUAGAUAAAUCUAUUAUUACCAAGAACUUUGAUAAUUGUUGUACAGAUUUCCACUCAAGAUUGUUUUCAUUAGAAAAUCUUGGGAAAAAUGAAAACUUGAAAAAAAACAAAAAUUUAUUAAAUUUGCGUUAUAAUCAAGCAUAUAAAAUUCUACGAGAUUGCGCAAAUACUUAUUCCCUGGAUGCACGAUAUUAUAUGAAAAGACUUA